AUGUCGAACAGUUACAACAUGAAGGAGUUCAGUUCAAGAGCCGUCAUAACAGAAAAUGGAAUCUAUCCAUCGACGAUAUCUAUAAGCACAAUCAAUACGAAAUGUAAAGAGAAUGAUGAGGAGACAAAUUUGUAUGAUCCUUUUCAAAACAGAAAAUUAGAACAUCCAAACUCAGAUGUAAGGUCAUUUGCGAAUCUUCUGAAGUCUUCUCUUGGUUCCGGUAUUCUCGCUAUGCCAGCUGCAUUUAAGAAUGCAGGCACGGUAGUGGGCAUCAUCGGAACCAUAUUACUGGGAUACAUUUGUACACACUGCGUUUAUUUAUUAGUCAAAACUUCACAAGAGGUAUCAAGAGUAACAAAAGUUCCAUCACUAGGAUAUGCUGAAACAGUGGAAGCUGUGUUUGCAACAGGACCACAUCCACUAAGGAAAAUGUCGAAAGCGGCACGAAUAAUUAUAGACUGGGUUAUGGCUUUCACCAUUCUUGGCGCCUGCGCAGUGUAUGUCAUCCUACUAGUGGAUUCCGUAAAGCAGAUAGUUGAUUAUUACUACAUGGACAAUACAAUCAGCGAAACCAAAUACUUCUUGUACUUCUGCAUCCCUAUCUUGCUAUUUACUCAAAUAAAGAACUUAAAAUACCUUGCGCCAUUUUCUGGAUUCGCCAACAUACUUCUUGUUUUGACAUUUCUUAUUUGCUUAUACUACAUUUUCUCGGAUUUCAAGCCUAUUGACUCUCAGCCUAUGUCUGUCGAAAUUGGAAAACUACCACUUUUUAUCGGUACAGUUAUAUUUGCAAUGGAGGGUAUCGGAGUCGUACUCCCCGUAGAGAACGCUAUGGCUAACCCACAGCAUUUCUUAGGUUGUCCUGGAGUAUUGAACAUUACUAUGUCAGUCGUAGUACUACUGUACAUGUUUAUGGGGGUUCUCGGAUACAUCCGCUAUGGUGAUGCAGCAAUGGGCAGCAUUACUCUGAAUUUGUCUACAGGAGAAAUCCCGGCUUUGAUGGCAAAAUUAUUUAUCGUUUUGGCGAUCUUCUUCACAUACACGCUACAGUUUUACGUGCCCAUGGAAAUCGUGUGGCGGAAUACCAAAGAACAUGUCACUCAGAAGUACCACAACAUAGCACAGGCCAUCAUGCGAGCUGUAUUCGCUGUACUAACUGUGGCAGCAGCGGCAACAUUGCCCCGACUUGAACAAGUUAUCGGUCUUGAAGGAGCAUUUUUCUAUGCAUUUCUAGGCCUCAUUGCACCUUCUAUCAUGGAUCUUAUCUUCAAAUGGGAGAGAGGACUUGGCAAGUUUAAGUGGAUUCUCAUCAAAGACGUUGUUUUAAUAGUGUUUGGAACUUUUGUGCUUGUAACGGGAGUGACACAAAGCAUUAGAGAAAUUAUUAGGACUAGUGCGUCAUAA